CAUUUUUAACAGAUUAGUCUGCAGGAUUUCAUUAUGGAGAAUAGUUCCUUGAUCGUUCCUCACACAAAGACAUCAACUGCAGAUGACACAAUACUUCACACAAUAGGAGACUCCAUAGAAACCUUCGUGGGCAACUAACUAGCAUGAGGUUUCGGCUGCAGUUUCAACCACGCCCACUACGCUACUCCUCCUAUAAAAACCACGGGCUCCCACAGCGUGUAGUCAAAUACGAGCCGAGACAGCAUCUUAGCAACAAGUAUCGGAGCAGUGCGAGAGAGAAACCACUCGAAAUCUCUGUGGAUUACUACCGCCAUAUACUCUGGAAUUAUAUUAUUUGGGGGAAUUUCUAUUUCUGGAUUAUAACAUCAUUUAAUGACAAACAUGACUCUGGAGGAAGUUGUUGGAUGCAGCAGCACUGACAGAAAAAUGGAAACAGUGAGUGAAGCUCUCGAGGAGCUUCUAGUGGCUGCACAACGACAAAACUGUCUGACAGUUGGAGUCUACGAGUCUGCACAACUCAUGAAUGUGGACCCAGACAGCGUGGUCCUCUGCGUUUUAGCGACUGAUGAGGAGGACGAAAAUGAUGUUGCGCUUCAGAUCCACUUCACGCUCAUCCAAGCCUUCUGCUGUGACAUCGACAUCAACAUUGUGCGCGUCUCCGGCAUGAGGCGUUUGGCACAGGUUCUCGGAGAGCCUCUUUCCACUGACAGCAACGCCAAUGAACCAAGAGACCUCCACUGCAUACUUGUUACUAACCCACAAGCCGAGCAUCUCAAGCUGAAGGAGGUGGGAAGUUACUGCAAGGAAAGCCGUUGCAGGAACCAGUGGGUGCCCUCCAUUGCCCUGCAAGAGCGCUGAGAUAUUCUGCACUGAAAUGUGCUGAAGAGAAAAGGAAUAUUGAUGUCGUCCUUCAGCUGUCAUGAGGACACACUCAUCAGUUCAAGGGGACUGUCUAAUAGUCCAUUCCAGAGCUUCCACCUCCAUGUUUAUGGAAUUCGAAGUGUCAGAGGAUACUAGAGACAUUGGUCCACGUUCCUCAUAAUGCAUGAUCGGUGUUAUCGCCAUUUGGAAGGACCGAACGAGCAUCAGGGUGGUCGUGGACAUUGUUGUACCUCUAAAGGGAUGCAGCAAGGAUGCUGGGGAUGUUUCCAGACGCCGGCGUAUGGCCGCACUUUGCACUCCACGAGGAGGGUGAAUGAAUAACACGUGACUCAGACCUGGGUCUACAGAGGAAAAGUCAAUAAGAGACUGCUAUUCAAGGACUGAAUUUGUCUUACCAUAAUUUUUAUUUAUGCACAACACUGAUGUCAUUCAAAACAAAUAAUAUAUUUGGAUAUUUAUGAAUUUGCAAAGUGUACUUUUUCUUAUGAAAUAAAUUUUAUGCAUAAUUGUUCAAAAAAUUAACAGCUCCCGUUGUGUUUUUUAUGUCAACUUUUUGGACAUUAGAGGAAAAACCGUCACAGGAGUUCAGUUUAGAGCUGGUCAUAAAGACAAAUUAGUUAAAAAUACUCUUGCUUCCUUAUUGGAAUAGCCAAGUAUCAUUUCAGAUGUUAUUUUAAGCUCACAAUAAGGAAGAGAUGGACUUAAAUUGUUCUGUGGGACAACAGACACUUACGAUUAAUGGUAAAGAAACAUCAUUCCCAAGGAGAUUGCUGUUCACAUAUUGACACCUGUUUUUUCCCCCACCUGUAUCAUGAAUCAUGCAGCCUAGACGCAGCACUAUGUGUACAGAAGUAAGAGGUUCCUUAUCUGUUUCUCAAACAAAGGGCUUUGUUUGCAAGAGGUGAAAAAUAUACAUGAGAACACA